CACAGUUUCGGAACAACAUAAUAUAAGCACUUCUAGCUAUUGUGCAUGAGUAUUCAUAGGUCAUAUCAUAACUUUCCUUUUCAUUUAUUAUUUCUGCAACAUUAACACUUCAUAAUUCCUCAAUCAACACAUAACAGGUGUCAGCACAAAGUUCACCCUAACAACUGAGCCAUGUGCUUAGUUUUAUCAUGUAAUUUGUGUUGACAGCAUGCACUCAAGGCCAGGCACUUAUGAUACUGCAAAUCAAUAACAGAGUUAAUCUGAUAAGGGAAUAAACAUUUAUCCAUGGGAUGGGACUUCCAUCGUUAAACAUAUAGUAUACUUCAUAAAUAACAUUUAUGGAUUAAUUGCUGCUUCAAAAACAUUGCUGGCCUCAACCAUAUGCUGUGUUUUUCCACGAAAGUGUUAUCUAUUGCUCAUGUUUUAACAUGAAUGUCAAUAUGUGAAUAACCUUCCGUUUAUUCCUGUUAUAACGUCGGGGUCCACAUUAAUCUGACCUAAGGUGUCCAGGAGCUUACAUAACUGGCUUGUAGACAUUGUUUGAAUGUACCUUUUAUUACUGAAUCAUUCAUAACAAUCUACACAGCACUGUAUCACGUCUGCAGGUGUAAACGGGUGAUUUAUGGUGUUUACAAGUUCACUUGAUUUUCUUAUCAUAAAAGGAAGCAUCUACUGCUAAGUGACUUGCAUUUGUGCAAAAAGGAAAGAUGACGACGGAGGAGAAAGUAGAGCUUGAAGAAGUGGACAAAACUUUACUAAAGAAGACAGAAGCUAAGCCGGUGGGCAAGUAUGUGAGAAUAUUUCAACCCUGUGUUGCUGAGUUGGUGGGCACAACGUUUUUUGUCUUUAUUGGCUGCGUGUCUGUCAUUGAGAAUGUGGAGGCGGCCGGCAGACUUCAGCCGGCGCUGGUACAUGGAUUGGCAGUGGCUGUGUUGGUAGCAUGUAUGGCAGAAAUCAGCGGUUCACAUUUCAACCCUCCCUUCACCAUUGCUAUCUAUCUAUGUGGUGGAAUACCGAUGCCAAUGGUCGUUCCAUACCUUAUCAGUCAGCUUAUCGGAGGUGUGCUUGGGGCCGCUAUGUCAAAGGUUAUGACAUCACAUGAGAACUACGAGAAUGCCACUGGGGCAACAUUUAAUAUUCUUCAAUCUGAUGACCAACUUGGGAAGGCUGUCUUUGCUGAAAUCUCCAUGACGUGUCUGAUUACUAUGGUGGUUCUGCUGGGGGCAGUAAAUGGAAAGAGCAAAAGCCCUAUGGUGCCGUUUAUGGUGGGCUGCACUGUUAUUAUUAACAUUCUAGCAGGAGGUGAUAUUUCUGGCACGUGUCUGAACCCUGCAAGAGCUUUUGGGCCUGCAUUGAUGACUAACUACUGGACUUAUCACUGGGUGUACUGGGUCGGUCCAAUCACGGGAGGUGUGGUGGCUGCUGCUCUUGUACGGCUUCUGCUUGGAGAUGAGAAGAUGCGAGUGAUACUAAAUUAAUAUAGGAUCAUUUUAACGUGUAAAAUUCCUCUGUCCAUGAGGUCAUCUGUAGUUUUAAAGGUCCUAAAUAUUCUAUAUUUUGAAACUGUGUAAGUCACAGAGUCACUACUUGGUUUUUAUGAUACUGCAUAAAGACUGAUGUCACCCAGAGCCAACCAAAAUGUUCGAUGUUUUCCAGUAGAUGUCAGUAAAGUACUUCAUUUGGGCAUAUUUUUAUUUUUGCAUAGACAGUUCGUUGAAUGAAUCGAUCAUUAUAUGUUGAAUGAAUGUUGAAUGAAUCGAUUAGAAUAUAACUGGAUACGUAAUUUUAAAUGAUAAUCUAAAUAUAAUGAUCUUCGUGAAGUAUUUGUUUUUCUUAUUUUACUUUAAAUAAAGUUUUCUGCAAACCAUAAAAAAAACAUUUAUGAAUGCAAACUUUUACGGCAGCCCAAAGCAGAUUUCUGAAAAUGUGUCGUACAUUUGUUGAGAACGUGGUGUUUUUAAUUUAAGCAUAAUUACAUUCAUAAUGUCAUUCACUAAAUAAAUAAAAAAUAAUGUGCUGCUCUAAAUGUUUUUAUUAUUAACAUUGUUGUUAAUUGAACUCGGCAUGGUGGUGUGGCUGCUGUAUAGACAAUCUCUCCUAUGAAAAGAAAAAUUAUAAGGAACUACCAGAAACUGUUUAAGACAUUGCACCCGUAUGACGUCACAUUAAGACGUAAAUAAAGUUGUUUGCAAAUGCAAAGACAGAUUGUAGAUCAAUGGUUGUGCC